AUGGAAAUGUUUAGAGAAGGAGGCUCCACCUCGAGACCUCCAAUGCUGGAAGGAGCCAAUUAUCCAUACUGGAAAACCAAGAUGCGUGCUUUCUUGAGAGCUGUUGAUGAAAGAGUUUGGAUGUCCAUAGAAGAAGGGUGGUGGAAACCAACGAUGAUGGAGAAUGAAAUCGUCAUACCCAAACCCAUGAGUCAAUGGACUACUGUUGAAAUGGAAAGAGCAAAUUUCAACUCAAAGGCUCUUCAUGCCUUGUUUAAUGCUGUCUCCACCAACAAGUUGAAGGUUAUAGCCAAUUGUGAAAUUGCUAAGAAAGCAUGGGAGAAGCUAAAGAUUAAGAACGAGGGAACUGAUGCUGUCAAGAAAUCAAGGCUGCGUGCCUUGGCAAAGGCUUUCGAAAAUCUUACCAUGGAGGAGGAUGAGUCUGUGGCUGAAUUCCAUGCAAAACUUUGUGACAUCUCUAAUGAAUCAUAUGCUCUGGGGAAAACUUACUCUAACUCGAAACUGGUUCGAAAGGUGCUUGGUGUCCUCCCCAGAAGAUUCAUGUCCAAAGUUACCUCUAUCGAAGAAAUGAGAAACAUUGAGGAACUCGAUCUUGACGAACUCAUCGGGUCAUUACAAAACUAUGAGCUAUCACUGUCUAGGUGGAAGAAAACCAAGAAACAAAAGGAGGUGGUGAAAGAAAAAUCAGAUGUUGGAAUUGCACUUAUUCACCAAGAAAACAAGAAACCUGUUCUGGAAGACUUGAAUGGCAUUACAGAUGAAACAGUUGCCCUGUUAACAAGAAACUAUGCAAAGUUCUUAAAAAAGAACUACAGGAAAAAUUCACCAGCUGACAAAGAAAAUCUUUUCAAGAGAAACAAAAGAGUAAAUUUCAAACCAGGACAAGCCUCAACUGAUCAAAAGGGGCGAGGGAUUAAGUGCAGAGAAUGUGAUGGAUAUGGUCACAUUCAGGUUGAGUGUGCCAACACACUAAAAAAGAAAAAGGCCCUUGCAGUAACUUGGAGUGAUAGUGAUGAAGAAAAGAACUCCACAGCCAGUGAAGGAUCAGAUGAGGAAAAGCAGGUACUAGCAUUCAUGGCCCAAAGCUGUAAUCCAGUUGAAUCUGAAGAUGAUGCAGUCUCCACCUCAUCGGAAGCAGACAGCACAGGUCGUCAACAUGCUUAUGAAGAAAUGUUUGCACAAUGGGAGUACAUGACUAAACAGAUUCGUGCCCUAAAGAACUCCCUAGAGCAAGUGGAGACUGAAAAAGAAAAGUUAGAAGACUCUGUCAAAAAUCUCAACCGACUUCUUGAUGAAAAGGAGAAUGAGAUCUACAAACUCACAGUUGAUCUAAUCCGAACCAAGCAAGCUUUACAGUUCAUUCCCCCAGGCACUGCUGCUAUCAAUCAAACCCUACAGCUUCAGAAGCCCUAUGGUGAUAGAACUUCAUUAGGAUAUAAGAUGCUAUAUAAGCAAGGGAAUGACCUGUCUGUUGAGCAUUCCUUACCCUCCAAUGUCAAUUCAUCAAAGAAGGAAGAUGGAUCUCCUGACACCUCAAUCACCAUUAACGAAUCUAACUCAUCUGAGAGGAGACAGGUUCCAACUGGACCCAUCAAACUCAAAUUUGAAGGAAGGAGGACUGAUGCUAACAACCUCCUACAGAAUGACAAUUUCAUUCCUACAUGUCAUUUCUGUAAUAGGAGAGGUCACAUUCGACCUAAGUGUUACAAAUUGCAGAACUACUUGAAAGCCAUGAUCAAUCGACCAAAUAGUUUCCCUCCACCAAAUAAGUCACAUGGACGCAAACCUCGUCGAGAAUGGAAAAUAAAGUCCAAACCAAAUCCUGAUGUUGGUUUGGUUGCAAAGCUAUCUCUGUCUGCCUUUGUUGAAGGUCAGUGGUACUUCGACAGUGGAUGUUCGCGUCACAUGACUGGAAAUAAGAAAUUGCUAGUUAACUUCAAAGAUGAAAAAGGGGGAUCUGUCACUUUUGGGGAUGGUAACAAAGGACAGAUUGCUGGGAGAGGUGAUGUAAAUGUGAAUGGAGCAGCUCAACUGACUAAUGUCUUAUAUGUGAGAGGACUCAAAGCAAAUCUCAUCAGCAUUGGUCAAUUGUGUGACGACAAUCUCUCUGUAAGUUUCACUAAAACUCAAUGUUUAGUUUCAUCUGAUGGGUGUGUUGUCUUAACAGGAAACAGAACUGUAGACCAGUGCUAUGCUGUAUGCAAUACCAUAGUGUGCAACAGGACCUUCUUGGACAAACCUGACUUAUGGCACUACAGGCUGGGACACUUGAACUAUAGAGAUCUCCAAAGAUUGGUGAAGCUUCAAGCUGUAAAGGGAAUUCCUGACAUGAAAGUGUCCAAGGAGAGAGUAUGUGGUCCAUGUCAGCUUGGAAAACAGCAUAAGGCAUCUCAUCCCACAAUUAAUAGACUUCUCACCUCUCGUGUGUUGGAACUAAUGCAUGUUGACUUAAUGGGGCCAAUGCAAAAUGAAAGUAUCAGUGGGAAAAGAUAUGUAAUGGUCUUGGUGGAUGACUACUCUCGGUUUACCUGGGUUGAAUUUCUUAGAGACAAGUCUGACACAUUUGGAUCAUUCUCUGCCUUCAUACUAAGAUUGUAA